CCCUCUUCUGCUUCUUCUCCUUCUUCUUCAUGUAAAAACACCCAAGCCCACAAAAACUCGCAGAGGUCGCAUAGUCUGUAGUCUGUACAGAAACCAAAAGAAAAAAACCUACAUAGAGGGAGAGAGACAAACGCAAAAUUGGAGCACGUUUUAGAGAAAUAGAUAAAGGAGCGCGACGUAAUCACGCUCUCAUGGCUGACAUUUGCAGCGAGUCGCUGUGUUCUAGGUCAGACUUGGGUCGUUUCGAUUGAGGCGGGUUUUCACGAUUUCAAAACCCUAGGAGAGGCAAAAGUGCUUGAAAGAGGAACGUUUGGUAAUUUAUUGAAUCCAUGCAAAGGGGAAGCUUGUAAGUGUUAAGGUAGGAAUGCAUGGAUCUUGUUCAGGAUCUGCACUCUUAGUCAAUGCUGAGAUUGAUUCCAUGGGAGGGGUUGAUGGUGGAAUUGGUAUUGGAGUCAAAACCUCUCCACGUCGGGCUGCCAUUGAGAAAGCCCAAGCAGAUCUUAGACAGGAAUAUGACGUCCGUGAGGAAAGAAGAAGAGAACUAGAGUUUCUGGAGAAACAUGGUAAUCCAUUGGACUUUAAAUUCGGGAAUGCAGCAGCUUCUGUUAGUAUCCAGUCAACUUCGCUAACUGAUCGCCCUGCUGAACAUUUGUUGAUCAGUGAGGCCAAAGGUAGUUUUGCACUGACUGCAUCACCUCAUGGAGAUUCCGUAGAGAGUAGUGGUAGACCAGGGGUUGCUACUGUUUGUGAACCGAAUAGUGCCGAUAAUCUCUUACUUUUUAAUGGUGAAAAUGAGCCACUUGAAGUUAAAAGGAAGCCAAAACACCCUUGUGGAAGAAAUAAUGUUGCUGCAUCAAAACACUCUUCCUGGACGGAUGGUAAACAAAAUGCCAAAGAAGCAGAAGAUUAUGCAAUUUUUCGCCCAUAUGCUCGAAGGAACAGGUCCAGGCCAAGUCGUGACGGUGUUCGAUCAAGCUCCACUGACAUGGUUCAGAGUGCUGUUGUUUACGGAUCUUCCUUGCCUGCUCGCGGGUUGGCAAGGGAUGUGAAGGGGGUAUCUGAAUCAAAUAACCAGAAGAACCUGAUUGUCAAGGGAGUAUCUGAAUCUGAUGACCAGAAGAACUUGAAUGAAACAUCUGUUUCUAACCCAAAACUUGCAACUUCAAAUGGUGAUGUGGUUUCUAGAUCCAGUAACCAGUCAAGUUCAAAGCUGGAUGGCAUGCAGUCUGCAGAAGUGAUGACCAAGCAUGGCAAAGGGAGUGCGACUGAUGGUAGGUUGAAUUUUACAGCAUCCAUCAGUGUGAGGGAUAACCAAAAGGAUCAACCUUCAGAUGUUGGUGGUCUGCAAAUUCCUGCUAAUAUGGCUUUGGAGGAACCUGAUAUCGUUGGAGGAAAUGAACCGGCAAUUGUAGUGGAUCCUGUAUGCCCACGUUGUCCUCCUGUGGCAAAAGCUGAGAAUGAAACUGGUUCAGUUCAGCUGAAUGGAUUUGGUGACUCGAAAGGCGACAGGAGAGGCAUGGGGAAUGAAGCCCAAAACAGCCAUCUAGCAAUUGGAAUAAAAGUAUUAGAUUCAGAGUCUUCCUGUACACAAAACACCGAAAGCUUAGAUAGAAAUAAUGAUAAUGAGAUUUGCAUUAACAGAAAAAUUGUCAAUACUAAUGGAAUUCCUAAAGAUCAAAGACUGGAACAUGAAGGAACACAGAAUUUAGCCAAUGUUGAAAUGGUGAAUGGGAAGAAUGAGUUGGAUGCUGUUGGAAGCGGUGCUGCCGUUAAUGAAGACCAUGGUACAGGAAAGGGUUCUCUAGUCAAAGUCGAGGAAGAAAUGCAUGCAAGUAAAUUUGACAUGGAAAAUGAGGCAAAGCAUACCAACAUGGAAGUAGUGCACCAAAAGGACAGUAUUGUAUCAGAGACUGAUGUAAAAGAGGUAGGUAACUUAGUGGGUGAUGAGUCCAACCUCAACACAGAAAACCUUAGCAGCGGAAUUCCUCAGGGCUCAAUAGGUUGCUCUGUCCAUGAGCUUCCUGAGACUACUUUGUCAGGAAGAAAUUUCACCGCUGCCUCUGAUCUUCAAACUUGUUCCAGUAACCACUCAAAACCGGCAGAUAAGGUUCAUGAAGAUUCAAUUUUAGAAGAGGCAAGAACUGUAGAGGCAAAACACAAGAGGAUUGCGGAGUUGUCUAUUGGUACUUUGACUUCGGAGAUUCGCCGAAAGUCUCACUGGGAUUUCGUCCUCGAGGAGAUGACAUGGCUGGCAAACGAUUUUGCACAGGAGCGUCUUUGGAAGAUGACUGCUGCUGCUCAAGUUUGUCGUCGGGUUGCUUUCACUUGUCGAUCGAGGUCUGAAGAACAUCAUCAAUGUUUGAAGGUUAAAAAGGUUGUGCACACCAUAGCAAAGGCAGUCCUGCAGUUCUGGCAUUCAGCAGAGGCACUUCUUAAAAGUGAUGGUCCAAAUAACUACAAGCAUGAUGUCGCUGUAUCAAGGAAAGUUGAUGGAGAUGAAACUUCCACGUACAAGAGUGGAGAACUUGAUGAGGAGACAAGGAAAGAGUCAGUGGUACGGCAUUCUGGAGAAAAUCUUGCAUUUCCAGUUCAGGCAUAUGCAGUAAGAUUUUUGAGAUAUAUCAACUCUCCUGUGCCUUCUCUCCAAGCAGAAGCACCAGCAACUCCUGACAGGAUAUCUGAUAUAGGCACUAUGGAUAUGUCAUGGGAUGACCAUCUCACGGAAGGAAGCCUCUUCUAUGCAGUUCCUUUUGGUGCUAUGGAAGCUUAUAGAAAAUCUAUUGAUUCUCACGUGAUGCAGUGUGAGUGCAUCGUUCAGAAAACUGGCAGUAGUUUGCAAGAGGAGGUUGAGACAUCUAUGUAUGAUGCUGUAGCAGAAUUUGGAUAUCAUGAGAGUGCAUAUGAUGAGGAUGAAGGAGAGACAAGUGCAUAUUAUUUGCCUGGACCUCUUGAAAGUAGGAAGUCUUCAAAAUUUGCUCAAAAGAAACGAAAGAACAUAAUGAAGUCAUAUAAUGCACGAUCAUAUGAGGGUGGAGCUGAUUUGCCAUAUGGACACGGCACGGUUGGAUGCCAACAAUCUAUGUUGUUGGGCAAAAGGCCUACAAAUAGUCUAAACGUUGGUUCAAUCCCAACCAAGCGCAUGCGUACUGCUUCCAGGCAGAGGGUUAUAAGUCCUUUCGUUGUUGGGACUUAUGGGGUUCUGAAGGCUACGAGGAAGACAGAUGCUUCAAGUGGAGAUACCAGUUCUUAUCAGGAUGACAAGAGCCCUUUGCAUGGUGGAUCCCAUAUCCAGAGAAGUAUGGAAGUUGAGUCUGUUGGGGAUUUUGGAAAGCAAGUACCGUAUAACUAUGCAGAGACAUCAACAAGACCUAAAAAGAAGAAAAAGACAAAGAACCCGGGUUCUGCCUAUGAGCGCGGUUGGCAGCUGGAUUCAUCAUUUUACGAUGAACAGAGGGAUCAUUCUAAAAGAAGAAUGGAGAGUCAUCUUGUGGAUUCAAAUGGAACUGGUUGCUUGUAUGGGCAACAUAAUGCAAAGAAACCAAAGAUAAUAAAGCAACAGCUGGAUAGUACCUUUGACAACAUCAUUCCUAUAACUGGGUCUACUCGUUCGCCUGUGGCAUCCCAGAUGAGUAAUAUGUCCAACCCAAAUAAGUUCAUUAAAUUGAUUGGUGGCCGCGAUAGAGGCCGAAAAUCUAAAACACUGAAGAUGUCUGUUGUGCAGCCUGGUUCUGGAAGUCCAUGGUCAUCAUUUGAAGACCAGGCCCUUGUUGUCCGUGUGCAUGAUAUGGGCCCAAAUUGGGAGCUUGUAAGUGAUGCCAUCAACGGUACCCUUCAAUUUAAGUGUAUAUUUCGUAAACCCAAAGAAUGCAAGGAGCGCCAUAAUAUUUUAAUGGAUAAGAGUACUGGAGAUGGGGCUGACAGUGCAGAAGAUUCUGGCACUUCUCAGUCAUAUCCAUCUACAUUGCCUGGCAUUCCAAAGGGUAGUGCUGGGCAGUUGUUUCAACGUUUGCAAGGCCCAAUGGAAGAGGACACUAUAAAGUCUCAUUUUGAAAAAAUUAUCAUGAUUGGGAAGAAGCAGCAGUACCGGAAGAGUCAGAAUGAUAAUCUGGAAGCAAAACAGAUUGCAGCCGUCCACAAUUCUCAUGUUCUUGCCCUUUCCAAUGUUGUCCCGAAUAACCUAAAUGGAGUUGUUCUAACGCCCCUCCAGCUAUGUGAUGCAUCGAGCCCAGAUGUUCUUUCUCUUGGCUAUCAAAGUUCUCAUGUUACUGGUUUACCAAUAUCAAAUCAAGGUGCUGUGGCAUCAGUACUUCCUACCUCUGGAGCAAAUUCCGCAUUACAAGGGUCAUCUGGUGUGGUUCUAGGCAGUCACUUGUCAUCCCCAUCUGGUAAACAGAAUGCGUCUGCCAGGGACAGUAGAUACGGUGUUCCAAGAACAUCUUUAACAGUUGAUGAGCAGCAGAGAAUACAAUACACUCAUAUGUUAGCAGGUAGAAGUACGCAGCAGUCCAACUUGUCUGCUUCAGGGGUCCUUCCUGGAGCUGAUCGUGGGGUUCGUAUGAUGCCUGGUGGCAAUGGCAUGGGCAUGGUGUGUGGAAUGAAUAGAAGCAUGCCGAUGUCAAGGCCAGGAUUUCAAGGAAUGCCCUCAGCGGUGAUGAUGAACUCUGGUAGUAUGCUUUCCUCUGGUGGGGUUGGGAUGGUGGGGUCUGUAAAUAUGCACUCUGGAGCUGGUUCUGGUCAAGGAAACUCUAUGCUGAGACCUCUUGAAGCUUUGCAUAUGAUACGACCUGGCCAUAAUCCAGAGCAUCAGAAAUCAAUGAUGGCACCAGAUAUACAGAUGCAAGUUUCUCAAGGGAACAGCCAAGGAAAUACUGCUUUAAAUGGGUUGAGUACUACAUUCUCUAACCAGACAUCCCCUGCAGCUGUUCAGACAUAUCCAGGCCAUAAACAGCAGCAGCAUCAUCAAAUCCCUCCACAACAGUCCCAUGUUAUCAGCAACCCUCAUCAUCCUCAAGUUCAAGGCUCCAAUCAUCCUGCAGGAUCACAGCAACAAGCUUAUGCAUUCCGCCUUGAGAAAGAGAGGCAAAUGCAGCAGCGAUUUCUGCAACAGCAGCAGCAUCAUGCUGCAUCUAGUGCUUUGAUGCCACAUGUUCAGGCACAGCCUCAAGCUCCAAUUUCAUCUUCUUCACAAAAUAGUUUGCAGAUUCAAUCACAAACUCAAACUCCAACUCAGCCAGUGUCGCUGCCUCCACUUACACCAUCUUCACCAAUGACUCCCGUGGCAUUGCCGCACCAGCAGAAACCAAACAUGCCAUCUCAUGGGCUCAACAGAAAUCCUCAGACUGGUGCAAGUGGGUUGAAUAAUCAGAUCGGGAAGCAGCAGCAACGACAACCACUACAGCAGCAGUUUCAACAGUCUGGCAGGCACCACCCUCAACAAAGGCAAAAUGUGCAGUCGCAACAACAGGCUAAACAUUUGAAGGGAAUGGGAAGGGGCAAUAUGCUGCCACAUCAGAACCUUGCCAUUGAUUCUUCUCAUUUGAACGGUCUUUCUGUUGCUUCUGGAAGCCAAGGUGUGGAGAAAGGAGAGCAGAUUAUGCACUUGAUGCAAGGUCAAGGCUUAUACUCUGGGUCUAGCUUAAGCCCAGUUCAACAGUCUAAACCAUUAGUUAAUCAAUCCUCAAACCAUUCUCUGUAUCAGCAAAAACUCUUUUGCCCAACACCCCCUUCAUCAAAGCAGGUUCAGCAUAUGCCUUCUCAUUCUGAUUGUAGCUCGCAAAGCCAAGUUCCACCUGGUGGUUCUGGUCUGGCACUAGCAAAUACGCAUCAAGUUGUUCCAGCUCCAGUUGUUGCUUCCAACCACCAACAGCUACAGGGGCAGCCACAGUUGUGCCAAAAGCAGUUUAAUCAAAGUCAGCCAUCAACUCAAAGAAUACUUCAACAGAGGGUGAAUUCAGACCCGUCAAACAAAUCUCAAGUUGAACAAGCUGCAGCUGACCGGCAGCCAGUGAACAGUGCUUCCCAGAUGGGUGAAAAUACAACUGUGGCGAUGCCUCAGACCUGUAUGGAUUCCACUAGUGUACUACCAGUUGUGCCUUCUGCCGUUGCUCCUCAGUGGAAACCACCUGAGACAUUGUAUGAUUCCGAUAUGCCAAAUCCUGCUAGUCAAGUGGAUUCUGUCGGGAGCAUGCCUCUCCCAAAUUCAGAUGGGAAUGAUCCAAUUCCUUCUGUGAGCCAGGAUUUAAUCCAGAGGCAGUUAUCCGGGGGCUUGCCUCCUCAUGGGCAUAAUUCAGGGGUUCAGCGGCAGCAGCAGUCACCAACACCACAACCUCCAUCUCAACAACAAUACCAACCACAACAGCAGCAGGAAAAACCCCAACAAGAACAACAACAAUCACCACCAUCAUAUCUGCCACUGCAGCAAUGUCAGCAGCAAAUGCAACCUUUGCAAGCAGCACAAGGCAGUUUGUAUGUCAGGCCAACAAAUUCUAAGCUGGAAUGAGGCAAUCUAUUGACUUGAGAAGUUUUGGGAGCUCUCGAUCUUGCUUCACUUGGGUUUGCAUGCCCUUAUAACAGCAUUGUACAGAUGAAGGUGGUUAUUUUGUCAGGGCAUUGCAAAAUGGAAUUCGGUGGUUAAUGCAUGUAGGUCGGGCCUUCAUAUUCUCAAUAUUUUUUUGGGCGGGGGGAUGAUGUAUAGUGCUAUGGUCUAGAUCUUUGGAAAGAUAAGAGACAAAUUAUAGAGGUAUGUGUACAGAGUCUCUUCUCUCCUUGUCUUAUACUUUCUUUUCUCCCCAUCUCAGUUGCUCUGCUCAUGUGAGGGGCCAUAUUCCUUUCCCCCCCCAGUAGGUAGCGAGUGCAGAUAUUGCCCUUGUAGUGGGAGCCAAUCAUUAUCAAUGGCCAAAGCCUUUGAAAAUUUUGUGAAUAUAAAAUUGUCUACAAUGUUCAAUGGCGUUAGAAUGAUUGCCAUGGGCAGCCAAGAAAUUAUUGUAUUCUGUAAUGGUUUCUCAAAUCUCCAAUGAAGGAAACAAGCUUUGAUAGCA